AUGGAUUGGAUGAGUCGCAUUGCUCUUAUCUGCAUUCGUGUCCAACGGGUGAUUUCAUCUGUCGUUCGGGCGAUUGCAUAUCGGGAAGGUAUAAAUGCGACGGUGAGGUGGAUUGUCCAGGAG